AUGGAAAAUCAGACCACAUUGACUUAUUUUGUCCUCUUGGGAUUUUCAUACAACCUACCAGUCCAGAUUUUCCUCUUCUUGAUGUUUUUAUUUAUCUAUGCAACAACUGUGCUGGGAAAUACAGUGAUUAUAACUAUUAUAACAACCAACAAUCACCUCCGGAGCCCCAUGUACUUUUUCCUGAGUCACCUGUCUUUCCUCGAUAUCUGUUUCUCUUCAGUCACUCUGCCAAAUUUGCUACUUAACUUCUAUUCAAGCCAGACAAUAUCAUACAGUGGCUGUAUUGCCCAGAUGUUCUUAAUCCUUCAGUCAGGGUGGACUGAAGUUUAUAUUCUUGCAGCAAUGGCUUUUGACCGAUACACUGCCAUAUGCAAGCCCCUUCACUAUGUGCAAAUAAUGAACAGAGUGUUUUGCAGAUGGCUGGUGGGAGCUGCAUGGGUCAUUGGAUACAUGUAUUCUAUGGUGAAUUCAUUACCUAUAUUAAAACUAACAUUCUGUGGUCAAAACGUUAUCAGGCACUUCAGCUGUGAAUACCCAUCUUUACUUGCUUUGUCCUGCACAGAAACAUUCCUGUAUGUGACCACUUUUUUCAUAUCUGGUUUUACAAUAGGAGUUUCUUCAUCCCUUGUUAUCCUUUGCUCCUAUGUUCGCAUUGUCUCUACUGUCCUCAAGAUGCAGUCAGCAGAGGCAAGAAAGAAAACUUUCUCCACUUGCAGUGCCCACCUUAUUGUUGUAAUUUUGUACUAUGGUACAGGCUGUACUAGGUAUAUGAGGCCCAUGUCUGUCUCCUUAGCAAUUCUAGAUGAACUUUUCAGCAUCCAGUAUAGUAUUUUGACCCCAAUGCUGAACCCCAUUAUUUACAGCUUGAAAACCAGGGAAAUAAGAGAAGCCUUAAAAAAAAUAUUGGGAUACAAACCAUUGACAUCAUGUAUAGCUUAA